GGCUCAAGCUACCCUUUUGAGCAUCAGGAACCUCCCGCAUACAGAAAAAAGUCCUUCUUGAUCUCGACUCUACUCAUGUCGAAUACCUUCACGACCCGCAUGGCUACCAUGGACACGCGCAGCUUUGUCAUCCUGGCCAUCGCCGUCUGCUGCGCUGUUCUACCCCUCGAGAUUACGCACCUGCUGUCCGCCUGCGUGGGGGCUGGCCUCUACCUCCUGGUGCAGGCGCUGCAGGGCGCCAGCGUGGCCCCGAAGCGCGGGGGCGACAGCAAGAGCGGCAAGGGCGGCAAGGGCGCUGGCAAGGCGUGGGGCCAGAGCCCGCCCACGUCCCGGGAGUGGGCGCCGAGGGGCUCCGAGCGGGCGCCCCGGCUCCGCGACAGCGCGGGCCUCGGGCGCGGCGCGCCGCUGGAGAGCGCCAGCAGGGGCGGCACGCUGAAGCCCGAGGUGCGCAAGCCCAGCGCCGUGCCCGUCCUGGCGCCCACCUUCCAGAGCACGGGCUGGGAGGCCGAGGCGGAGGUCGCCGGCUUCGCGAGCGGCAGCCUCGUGAGCGGCAAGGCGUUCGGGGUGGCGGUGCCCGAGGUGGACAUCGUGGUCAACGCCAACCCGCAGGUCGCGGGGGCCGGACGGAUGAGCUGGACUGGGGGCUGGUGCUGCGGCCCAGGCUCCAGGUCGCCGACCUAA